GUGAGACUGAUAAAAUAUUAUUUCUUCACUACGGAAUUGCUCCGCGGUGGAUCCCUCCCUCUUUCUUUCAGUCUGUCUUGGUGGAAGAGAAGACCUCUGACCUUCCCGUCGCGGCGCCGUUGCUUCAUGGUUCCGAGGGCCUUCUUCUUUCACACGGACAAACACUCCUCUCGCUGUCUGGUCCAAAGCGACCUGCCCUCUUUCGAGCUUUGCUCUCCUCUCCGUGCGACGCGUAAAACAUAAAAUAAAGCAGACAACGUCUCCUUCGCAUCCACCUCCCAUCCCGUCCACCAUUAUCUUAGUUUCACGCCCUUAUAUCUCCUUCCUCCCCACUUGCUACCUCCCACAUGGUCUCUGACUCCAGCUCCGAACCCCGCCACGAACCCAACCCCAUUCUCCCACUAUCUCGCCCUCUCCUCCCCGCCCCCAAUUCUUCUGCUCCUAUGGACCUGCAACCCGACCCCGCCGGGUCGGCCGCGACCCAGCCCGAGUCCCCCGACGCCCGACUGGUCUUCGUCUCCCAUCCGGACCGGACGGCCACCCAGCACCGCAGCCCCGCCGGCAACGCCAUCCGCACCACCAAAUAUAACUUUAUAACGUUCAUUCCGCGAAAUCUCUACGAGCAGUUCCGCCGCGUCGCCUACAUCUACUUCUUCAUCCUCGCCUGCAUGAACCAGAUCCCCCAGCUCACCGUCUACGGCCGCGAAACCGCCUUCGUCCCCCUCGGCGUCGUCCUCUUCCUCACCGCCGUCAAGGACGGCUACGAGGACUGGCAGCGCCACCGCUCCGACAACCGCGAGAACAACCGCUCCGCUGCGGUCCUCCUCCCCUCCGGCGGACAAUUCGCCCCCAAGAAGUGGAAGGACAUCCGGGUCGGCGACGUGGUCCGGUGCGAGGCCGACGAGACCAUCCCCUGCGACAUGGUCCCCCUCUCCACCGCCGACCCCACUGGCGUCUCCUACGUCCAGACCAUCAACCUCGACGGCGAGUCCAACCUCAAGACCCGCUACGCCCGGCUCGAGACCGCCGCCCUCCCGCCGGAGUCCUGGUCCGCCGCCCUGAUCCGAUGCGAGCCCCCCAACCUUAACAUCUACGGCUUCCAGGCCACCAUCGAGCUCGACGGCCGGCAGAUCGCCCUCGGCCCGACCAACAUCAUCCUCCGAGGGUGCGAGAUCAAGAACACGGCGUGGGUAAUCGGCGUGGCGGUGUACACCGGCAUGGAGACUAAGGUGAUGCUCAACAAUUCCGGCGCUCCCUCGAAGCGGAGCCGCCUCGAGACCAAGAUGAACCGAGAGAUCAUCAUUCUAGCUGUGAUAAUGCUGCUUUACUGCACCUUCAUCGCCACCGCCACCGGUAUUUGGCUCCACGCCAACCGGGACAAGCUCGACACUCUGCCCUACUACCGGAAGGCGGACUUCUCCCAUGGCGGGGAGAGGAAUUAUUUAUACAGUGGCUUGGCGUUGGAGAUCCUCUUCGCCUUCCUCAAAUCCAUCUUUAGCUACCAGAAUUUCAUUCCUAUCUCGCUCUAUAUAUCCAUGGAGAUCUCGAGGCUCUCGCAGUCGUACAUGAUGACCCAAGACAAGAGCAUGUACGAUGAGGCCACCGACACCAAGUUCCAGUGCCGGGCUCUCAACAUCAAUGAGGAUCUUGGGCAGAUCAAGUAUGUGUUCUCGGACAAAACUGGCACCUUGACAGAGAACAAGAUGAUGUUUCGGUGUGCGAGUGUUUGUGGCGUCGAUUACAGCAAUGGGGAAUCUCCGGUGCCGGGCGAGGUCGCCCCUCAUCCCACAGUGGUUGAUGGUCAGGUUAGGAGGCCAAGGAGGAUGGUCAAUACUGAUCCUGAGCUGUUGCAUCUGUUGGAAAAUGGGAAAGUGACCAUGGAAGCAAUUCAUGCUCACAACUUCUUCCUUGCUGUGGUGACAUGCAACACUGUUGUGCCACAGAUUUUGCCGACAUCUGACCCGGCGGUGAAGUUGAUAGAUUAUCAGGGCGAGUCCCCUGAUGAGCAGGCACUGGUUUAUGCAGCUGCGUCCUAUGGAUUUGUACUUAUAGAGCGAACCUCUGGGCACAUUGUUGUUGAUGUCCUUGGAGAGAGGCAGAGGUUCGAGCUUUUGGGCCUUCAUGAGUUCGACAGUGACCGCAAGAGGAUGUCAGUUAUAGUUGCCUGCCCUGAUAAGUCAAUUAAGUUAUUUGUGAAAGGUGCAGACAGUGCAAUGUUCAGUGUUCUAGAAAAAUCCCAUGAGUUGGACAUACUGCAUGAAACUGAGAAACAUCUUCAUAGCUACUCAUCUUUGGGUCUCAGAACUUUGGUUAUCGGUAUGAGAGAAUUAGGUACCAAAGAGUUUGAGGACUGGCAGUUUACUUACGAGAAAGCGAGUACUGCAUUAUCUGGAAGGACAGAUUUACUCCGCGAUGUUGCACUCAAGGUAGAAUGCAAUCUCCAGAUCUUGGGAGCCACAGGAAUUGAAGAUGAACUACAACAGGGCGUGCCUGAAGCCAUAGAAUCUCUCAGGCAAGCAGGAAUAAAGGUUUGGGUUUUGACAGGGGACAAACAGGAAACUGCCAUUUCCAUUGGCUAUUCAUGUAAGCUCCUAACGGAUGCAAUGACCCAGAUCAUUAUAAACAGUCAUUCUAAAGAAUCCUGUAGGAAGAGUCUUGAAGAUGCAAUUUCCAUGUGUGAGAAACUAACAUCGGUAUCUUCCAGAACACAUAAUACUCAGGGGGCAAUGGAUCCAGGUGGAAUUCUUCUUGCAUUGAUUAUUGAUGGGCCUUCAUUGGUCCAUAUUCUUGAAACUGAACUGGAAGAAGAGUUGUUCAAAGUAGCCACAACAUGUGACGUGGUGUUGUGUUGCCGAGUGGCUCCAUUGCAAAAGGCUGGAAUAGUUGCACUUAUGAAGAAGAGAACAGAUGAUAUGACUCUUUCUAUUGGAGAUGGUGCAAACGAUGUUUCAAUGAUUCAAAUGGCUGAUGUUGGGAUUGGGAUCAGUGGCCAGGAAGGACGACAAGCUGUUAUGGCUUCAGAUUUUUCCAUGGCGCAGUUCAGAUUUUUAGUCCCUCUUUUACUGGUCCAUGGCCAUUGGAAUUACCAUCGUAUGAGCUAUAUGAUCCUGUACAACUUUUACAGGAAUGCAGUCUAUGUGUUCAUGACUUUCUGGUAUAAUUUUUAUUCAGCAUUCAGUUUGUCAAAUACAAUCACUGACACGAGUGGGCUGCUAUAUUCUGCAGUCUAUACUGCUCUUCCAACAGUUAUGGUUGGAAUUUACGACCAAGACUUGAGUAGGAGGACUCUUUUGAAGUACUCCCAGCUCUAUGGACCUGGGCUUAGAGAUGGAAAUUAUAACCUGAAGUUGUUUGUGUUGAUCAUGUUGGACUCCCUUUGGCAAAGCUUUGUCUUGUUUUAUGUCCCCUUAUUUGCCUAUAACCAUAGUAGCUUAGAUACUUCCAGCUUAGGAGACAUGUGGAUUCUUUCAGUGGUCGUGUUGGUUAAUGUUCACCUAGCAAUGGACGUGUUUCGGUGGAACUGGAUUCUGCAUGCAACGAUAUGGGGCUGCACGGCUGUAACUUUUGCCUGUGUCAUUGCAAUAGAUGCCUCACCUUCAAUGCCCGGUUACUGGGCUGCCAAUCAUCUAAUGGCUUCCAAGACAUUUUGGCUCUGCUUCCUCUGCAUCUUGGUGCUAGCCUUGCUUCCACGAUUUGUGAUUAGGGUAUUCAGUGCAUACUUGCAACCUAAUGAUAUUCAGAUAGCUAGAGAAUACGAGAAGCUCGAGAAGCGAUAUGAUCGCAGUGCUGUAGAUGUUUCAUCAAACCCAUCUGCAAAUCCUCAGCAGGAGAGUACCUGUUAAUUUUUGUUCUAUUUGAAGGCAUCCUUGCCCUCCCCCUUGUUUUUGUACAGGAGGAAUCCUUGGCAGGCUAUUUUAAAUGGCAUAUGCCCCCCAGGUCAUGUCUAACAAUUUAUUUUUUAAUCAGAUACUGAUUAGCAUCAAGAUGGAUGGCUUUUAUUUA